AUGGUGAAGCAUUUCUUGGACUAUCUUCCGUGUUUGAAGGAGAUGGAGAUCUAUAUUGCAGAGCGACAACGGUUCCUAGCCCCUUUAGUGUCAGAACUUAACCUGGAGAUGCUGAUGCGUUACAACGAUAUAUCGGGUCGCAGUCCUAAUGUUAAAUUCAUGGUGCACGGUUCCUUGCCUUGGAAGGCACAGUGA